CUCUGAAUCUCUCUUUCUCUAUAUCCCAAUUCCCUUUUCCUCCGGCGUAUCCUUUCGAGGACGUCGAACUCUCUUUCUCGAACCGAAUCAGCAUUACACUUCACGAACCCUAAACUUGUCUCUCUGAAUUUGGUAGUGACAAUUGAUCUUACGGUUGAGGGAGGGGGAUGCGGUGCUAGCUGGAUGAUGGUCUCCGUGGCCUUUUGUGUUAAAAUCCAUCCUCUGACAUAACCGUUGACGAUUUCGAGCUGGAGCUGAUGAUGGAUUUCGAAGGCGAUUCCACUCCUUCUUUCGAUCCCGUGGAAUGGGCAUCAUCAUCGAACCUUGAGGAUAUAUCCCUUGAAGGUCUAGAGCAAGAACUGGAAGAAUGUAAAAGUGAUGAUGUUGUUGCGAACAUAUUGUCCAAGGGUACAACAUUGCGAGAGUACACAAAGGGAGUAGAAGACAAUUUGCGCCAAGUUGAGCUAGACUCGAUUCAGGACUACAUAAAAGAAAGUGAUAAUCUUGUAUCACUCCAUGAUCAUAUUCGAGAUUGUGACAUCAUUCUGUCACAGAUGGAGACACUACUUAGUGGAUUUCAGAGUGAGAUUGGCUCAAUAAGCGCAGACAUAAAAAUUCUUCAGGAAAAAUCCAUGGAUAUGGGACUGAAGUUGAAGAAUCGCAAGGUUGCGGAAUCAAAAUUAGCAAAAUUUGUGGAAGAUAUUAUUAUCCCACCAAGGAUGAUAGACAUGAUUGUUGAAGGAGAGGUUAAUGAUGAAUAUAUGCGGGCACUUGAGAUUUUGAGUAAGAAAUUGAAGUUUAUAGAAGCAGAUUUGAUGGUUAAAACAUCAAAUGCUUUGAAAGAUGUUCAACCUGAGCUGGAAAGACUUCGUCAGAAAGCAGUCUCAAAGGUGUUUGACUUCAUUAUUCAGAAGCUUUAUGCAUUGAGAAAACCCAAAACAAAUAUCCAGAUCCUUCAACAGAGCGUUCUCCUAAAAUACAAGUAUAUUAUCUCUUUUCUAAAGGAGCAUGGCAAAGAUGUGUACAUGGAGGUUCGUGCAGCAUAUGUUGACACAAUGAACAAGGUUCUUAGUGCUCAUUUCCGUUCUUAUAUUCAAGCACUGGAGAAACUGCAGUUGGACAUAGCAACAUCUAAUGACCUGAUUGGUCUAGACACUAAAAGUACUAGCCUUUUUUCUAGAGCAAGAGAACCUCUGAAGAAUCGGUCUGCAGUUUUUGCUCUAGGAGAGCGGAUAAGCAUUCUUAAGGAAAUUGAUGAACCAGCAAUAAUUCCUCACAUAGCUGAAGCCAGUGCUCGUAAAUAUCCUUAUGAAUUUCUAUUUAGGAGCUUGCAAAAGUUGCUUAUGGACACUGCCGGUUCUGAGUACCUCUUUUGUGAUGAUUUUUUUGGUGAAGAGGCUAUAUUUUCUGAAAUAUUUGCAGGGCCCUUCGCUGUAAUUGAUGAACACUUCAAUUCCAUCCUUCCAACUUCUUUUGAUGCAAUCGGCCUAAUGCUUAUGAUUCGUAUCAUACACCAGCACCAGCUCAUUAUGUCUCGAAGGCGUCUCCCAUGCUUGGACUCAUAUUUGGAUAAGGUAAAUAUAGCCCUAUGGCCACGUUUCAAAGUGGUAUUUGACAUGCACCUCAGCAGCCUGCGUAAUGCAAAUGUCAAGACAUUGUGGGAAGAUGACGUUCACACUCACUAUGUCAUGAGACGCUAUGCUGAAUUUACUGCAUCUCUUAUUCAUCUCAAUGUUGAAUAUGGGGAUGGUCAGCUUGAGCUGAACUUAGAGAGAUUGAGAAUGGCCAUAGAUGACUUGCUUGUGAAGCUUGCAAGACUAUUUCCAAAGCCGAAGCAGCAGACUGUAUUUCUAAUAAACAAUUAUGACAUGACUAUAUCUGUCUUGAAGGAGGCUGGACCUGAAGGCGGGAAGAUACAACUUCAUUUUGAGGAACUGCUUAAAAGCAAUACUGCAAUUUUUGUGGAAGAGUUACUUUUGGAGCACUUCAGUCACAUUAUCAAGUUUGUUAAAACCAGAGCUUCGGAGGACAUGAGUCCUGGUGGUUCUGAAAAGCCGAUCAGCAUAUCGGAGGUUGAACCAUUAGUGAAGGACUUUGGGAGUAGAUGGAAAGCGGCGAUAGAACUGAUGCACAAUGAUGUGAUUAAAUCAUUCAGCAAUUUCUUGUGUGGUAUGGAGAUCUUAAGAGCUGCACUCACCCAGCUGCUCUUAUAUUACACCAGGCUUUCAGAUUGCAUUAAGAGGAUUAACGGCGGUUCUGCCCUAAACAAGGAUCUAGUAUCCAUAUCUUCAAUCAUGUUCGAAAUCAGAAAAUAUUCAAGGACAUUCUAAAUCGAUGAUGAUGAUGGCGGUUCUGCCCUAAACAAGGAUCUUGUAUCCAUAUCUUCAAUCGUGUUCUAAAUCAGAAAAUAUUACAUUCUAUAUCGAUGAUCAUAUAAAUAAUCAAGUUAGAUUCUCUCUUCCUCCUCUCUCUUUAUAAAUAUCUAAACUGUUGUUAUUCUAUCACCACCACUAUCAUCAUGAUUAGGGUUCUUAUUUUUCCUCUGUUGGACAUGUGAGUAUUAAAAGUCAGGAAGAAAUGUCGUCCCUUUUUUCUUCUUCUUCUUGAGAGGGAAGAGAGUUUUGAUUGGAAGUUUUUAGAUGUAUUUUAAGAUUCGGUAACAAGUUUGUUCUCUUAUUCAUAUCAAACAGAAUAUGUAAAAGAUUUACAAUAUGUGAUUCACAAUUUUUUUUUGCUUCCUUU